AUGCAUUCCACGCUCCAGCAAACGCGUGUGGAAGGCAUUUCAUUGAGAUUAAAACCUCUCUCUACACGAAUUAGGCCUCUCCUCUCCAACUGCGCGCAUUACGCACCCUUUUCUCUCCUUUAUUUGUGGAUUGAGAACACACAAACACACAAAUCGGUGAUCCGAUCAUUAAACAAAGAUCAAUUCACCCCCAAAACAGGUUGUAACUGCCACACGGUUUUGAAGAAAAGGUGUGGCAGGUUUCGGGUGAUUUGUUCAUAA